UUGAGUCUCCUGAAUCUCACCUACCACUGUGUUGAAUUCUCAUCCAUCACAAUGAGCAACAAAUUCUUAGGCACCUGGAAACUUGUCUCCAGUGAGAACUUUGAUGAUUACAUGAAAGCUUUGGGUGUGGGAUUAGCCACCAGAAAACUGGGAGAUUUGGCCAAACCAAGAGUGAUCAUCAGCAAAAAAGGGGAUAUUAUAACUGUAAGAACUGAAAGUACCUUUAAAGAUACAGAGAUCUCCUUCAAGCUAGGCCAGGAAUUUGAAGAAACCACAGCUGACAAUAGAAAGGCAAAGAGCGUUGUAACUUUGACAAGAGGCUCGUUGAAUCAAGUACAGAAAUGGAAUGGCAAAGAGACAACAAUAAAGAGAAAGUUGGUGGAUGGAAAAAUGGUAGUGGAAUGUAAGAUGAAGGACGUGGUCUGCACCAGAAUUUAUGAGAAGGUCUGACAAAGUUGUUUCCUCAUUGAAGUGAUAUUUGAUCAUUUGAUGUUGGAAAUCAGCUGUUUCCAUUGGCGAGGCCUGACUACACUGCACUUUGUUUGUUUCCGCUUUUGUCUUAAUAGAUCAGAUAAGCAAAGGCCUAAACGGAGGAUUAAUCUAAAUUUCAGUGUUAUUUAAACAUUUUCAAUUUGUAUGCACGUCAUUACUGUAUUAAAGAUUAAAGUGUGUAUAUUGGUCAGACCUAAAGAAUGGAUAAUGUCAUUUGAUUAUCUGUGAAGUUCUAACUUAUGCUGUAUUUUAAAUAUUUGAAAUGAUAGUAAAAGGAAGUAAUAGCAUAGUAAAAAGAAGUAAGUAUAUUGAUUGGGGUAGCAAACUCAAAUGCCUUCAGGGACCAGGAGAGUAAUGGGUUUAGAGGAUCAGAAGUGAAACAAACUAGAAGAAGGAGCUGUUUUACACUGAGGAGUCUAGCUUCAGCUAAAAAGGGCAGCUGCUACUCCAGCCAAUUUAAAAACUGAGGGUUAAUUUACAGACAGUGAAAUUAACAGAUAUUAAAGAUAGAGCUGUGACAAAUGCAUGCACCCAUAUAAUUCUCAUCCUGAUCAAGAUAUAGUACAUUUCCCUAAUCCCAGAAUGUUUUCUCACACUCCUUCCCAGUCAAUGUCCUGCCGUGUCCCAGCUCCAACAAAAGCAAGUAGUGAUUUAGUUUCUAUCACCGUAGACUAGUUUUGCCUGUUCUCAAACUUCAUAUAAAUUGGAUCAUACAUUAUGUGUUCUUUUCUGUUUGCCUUUUUAAAGUCAGCAUAAUGUUUUUGAAAUUCAUCCAUAUUGUUGCAUGCAACAUUAAUUUGUUCCUUUUUAUUGCUGAGUAGUAUUCCAUUGCAUGAAUAUA